GGGGAGGUGAUUUCCGGCUUGCUGAAGAAAGUUGAGCAGGAGCGGUCUGCAGGUUCCUUGAUUCUGAAAAUGGACAGUCAAGGACGGAAAGUAGUGGUUUGUGACAAUGGAACUGGGUUUGUGAAGUGUGGCUAUGCGGGCUCCAACUUCCCAGAGCACAUCUUCCCUGCUCUGGUGGGCCGGCCUAUCAUCCGCUCCACGGCCAAAGUGGGCAACAUCGAAAUCAAGGAUCUGAUGGUGGGAGAUGAGGCCAGUGAGCUGCGCUCCAUGCUGGAGGUGAACUACCCCAUGGAGAAUGGCAUCGUGCGCAACUGGGACGACAUGAAGCACCUCUGGGACUACACCUUCGGGCCCGAGAAGCUCAACAUCGAUUCUCGCAAUUGCAAGAUCCUCCUCACGGAACCGCCCAUGAACCCCACCAAGAACAGGGAGAAAAUCAUUGAGGUAAUGUUUGAGACAUACCAGUUCUCCGGGGUUUACAUUGCCAUCCAGGCUGUGUUGACACUCUACGCUCAAGGUCUGCUGACUGGCGUGGUAGUGGAUUCGGGCGAUGGCGUCACCCACAUCUGCCCCGUCUACGAGGGCUUCUCCCUGCCCCAUCUGACCCGACGGCUGGAUAUCGCGGGGAGGGACAUCACCCGAUACCUCAUCAAGCUACUGCUGCUGAGGGGUUACGCCUUCAACCACUCGGCCGACUUCGAGACGGUGCGCAUGAUGAAGGAGAAGCUCUGUUAUGUGGGCUACAACAUCGAGCAGGAGCAGAAGCUGGCGCUGGAGACCACUGUGCUUGUGGAGUCCUACACGCUGCCUGAUGGUCGGGUCAUCAAGGUGGGAGGCGAGCGGUUCGAGGCUCCCGAGGCUCUUUUCCAGCCCCACCUCAUCAAUGUGGAGGGAGUGGGUGUGGCUGAGCUCCUCUUCAACACCAUCCAAGCAGCUGAUAUCGACACCAGGGCUGAGUUCUACAAACAUAUCGUCUUGUCUGGGGGCUCCACCAUGUACCCAGGUCUGCCCUCACGCCUGGAGCGUGAGCUCAAGCAACUUUACCUGGAGCGUGUGCUCAAGGGCGACGUGGACAAGCUCUCGAAAUUUAAGAUCCGAAUUGAGGACCCCCCUCGGCGCAAGCACAUGGUGUUCCUGGGUGGGGCCGUGCUGGCUGACAUCAUGAAAGACAAGGACAACUUCUGGCUGACACGGGAGGAGUACCAGGAGAAGGGCAUGCGUGUCCUCGAGAAGCUGGGCGUGACUGUCAGAUAAACCCCCCCAGCGCCCUCCCCUCCCCCCAGCGCCUUCUACACCAACUAUAUAUAUCCAUCUCUCUGUCCUUCUCUUUUCUUUUGUUCUGCUACUUAUUCCUCUGAAGCACUCAUCCGUUUAUGGGGUUGGGGGGGUGUAUGGUGGGAGGGCAGCGGGUCUGUGUUUGUGUGUUGGCCUUUUGGGGUGGUGGUUGUUCACCUGUGGGGUGGGGGGACUAAACGACAGCAUUUCGGGGGGGGGGGGGGGAAUAUUUCUCGCUCUACCCGCUUCAACAGGCAAAAUCAAUGGGAAAAUUCCUAGAUUGGCGCAUCUCUCAUGGCCAGUGAUUCUCUCUGUUCUCCUCCUCCUUUCCUCUUCCUGCUUGGCAUUUCAUGCCUGCCAGUACACUUGCUCUGUGCAAGGUGCUCAGGAGUGGUUCACUCUAUUGCCCCAGGACUCAUUUUGGGGUGGGUGGGGGCAAGGCUGGACGGUUAUGUGGGUUCUGCCUUUUUUUUUUUUUUUUGGGGGUCACCGACUCGGGAGCCUUUCUGUCUGAGUUGGACGGAUGCCUCUACUCUGUUUCUUUGACUUCCCAAACGGAGUGUCUGCCUCUCCUCGUAAUAAAAAGGCAUUUCAUUCCGCUAAGGACAAAUCGAAAAUGUGUUUGCUGCAAGGACUUUUUUUUUUUAAUUUUUAAAUAAUUUUUAAAGUAGUUGGGGGGGGGGGGAUAUUUUAAAACGGUUUGCGUUAUUAUUUGGAUGUCUGAUUUCUUCCUCCGUGUCCUUUUGUAUUCUGGCAGUGCUUCGCUUCCAUCUUCUCGGCAGUAGAGAGCAAGAAUGCGUAGUCGCAUCAUGUACGAGCGGCGCCACUUCACACAACGCUUAGGAAAACUUCACCCUUCUGAGAAAAAUAAAAUAACGAACCAGAGACAGGGGCUACCUUGUCUCAAAGUGCUGUUUUUUUCAGGUGUUUUGAGGGAAGGGCGAGAGGGGUCAUCUUUGUAAUAUUAAAACCAACUUGGUGUAAUUUGACAUGGAGACAUUGUAAAAGCUGGUAUUUAAGUUUUGUUAGGCUCUCAUGUGUAUAUUGGAGACACUUCAUAUUAAGUAUAUAUAUUUUUUCCAUAAAUGUUUAUCCAGUGCCAACAACAGUUAUUGUAACUGGGUCAUUUUUUGUUUGUUUCUCUGUUUUGUUCAUAGCAUAACUGCUUAACGCCAAUUUAAAUAAAACAAAGUGAUUUAUAAAUAA